GCCAUGUUGUGUCUCCGGGGGCCCGGAGGGACGUCCGGUAGUAAACAGUAGAUGACGGUAGAGCCCGCUCAGCUGCUCGCAGCACCGGGACCGCAGCUGGAAGCCAUGAGCCGUCCGUCCUCAGCUGGAGGUGGGGGACUCGGUACCGGGAAAACAAGCGGGGGAAAACACGGAGGGUCAGUGGGCGCCGCUUCUGCAGCCGCCGCUGCCGCAGUCGCCGCGGCCGCAGCAGCCGCCGGUGUGGGCUCCGUGGCCGGGUCGGGGUCUGCCGCACCUUCCACCGCUGUGUCCCUGCCCCCGGCCGGCCUGCCCGGCCAGUCGUCGGAGCUCACGGCGCUGUUCGAGUGUCCGGUGUGCUUCGACUACGUUCUGCCGCCGAUCCUUCAGUGCCAGUCGGGUCACCUGGUCUGCAACCAGUGCCGGCAGAAGCUGAGCUGCUGCCCGACCUGCCGAGGCCCGCUCACCCCGAGCAUCCGCAACCUGGCCAUGGAGAAGGUGGCCUCCACGCUGCCGUUCCCCUGCAAGUAUUCAUCGGCCGGCUGCCUGCUGACUCUCCACCACAGUGAGAAGCCCGACCACGAGGAGGUGUGCGAGUUCAGGCCGUACACCUGCCCGUGUCCUGGAGCUACCUGCAAAUGGCACGGCUCGCUGGAGGCUGUCAUGCCUCACCUGAUGCAUGCUCACAAGUCCAUCACCACACUGCAGGGGGAGGACAUCGUCUUCCUGGCGACGGACAUCAACCUUCCAGGCGCCGUGGACUGGGUGAUGAUGCAGUCGUGCUUCAGCCACCACUUCAUGCUAGUCCUGGAGAAGCAGGAGAAGUACGAAGGCCACCAGCAGUUCUUCGCUGUCGUCCUGCUCAUCGGAACCCGGAAGCAGGCAGAAAACUUUGCCUACCGCCUGGAGCUCAACGGCAACCGACGCCGGCUCACCUGGGAGGCCACACCGCGCUCCAUCCAUGACGGAGUGGCAGCCGCCAUCAUGAACAGUGACUGUCUGGUUUUCGACACCUCAAUCGCACACUUGUUUGCAGACAACGGGAACCUCGGGAUCAACGUCACCAUCUCCAUGUGCUGAGGAGCUGAACGAAUCGGUUUCAUGAGUUCAGGAGGAGCUCGGUUGACAUUCUGUCUGGUUCUGUGGCGGCGGGGACAGUAAACGCCCUGCGGGGUCGAGCACACAGGUAUCUGGGCCCCUGUGGGAGGACGUUCGCCCUGAGCUGAUGGUUGAUUUCUAGGUGGGACAGAACUGCUCGUCUCUUUGUCCUCUCAUAGACGAAACUCAACGGUGAGCAUCUCAGAGCCUUUAAUUGUCUGGGAAGUUUAACCUGCUGCCUGUCAGAACCGGUGAUCAAAUUCACUGAGCGGAGUAGCGCCGUCAGGUCCAGUCGGACUUCCUGUAAGCCCGACGUUUGCUGCUUCCAGUCAGGACUGCAAAGUCUCUGUAAACCACGACUGUUCAACACCAAACCAUCAUUCAGGAAAAGAUCGGACAGCUUUAUAUUCCACAGUCACGUCUCCUCAGACAUUAAAACUUCAACAUGAGUUCAAGAAGCUGUUUGAACCGUUGAGAAUCUGUGUCUUUAUUGAUUAGUGAUGGAUUAUAUUUGUUGUUUCAUCUGCAAGGAAAAGGUGAAAAAUACUGUUUUUUCCUGAACUGAGAUGGAAAAUACCAAAGAUAUUUGUUUUCAUGUCAUGUGCAACAAAGCAAAGCAUCAAGUUCUCAUUUGGGAGAAGCUGCAAACAAAAGAUAAAUAGAUAUAAACAUAAAAAAAGCUUAUUUCUCAACAUAUCUGCAGAUAAAUCUUUAAUAUCUAUUACAGCUAUUCAAUCAGUAACAUCUACUACUUACUGUAUGGUUAAGAGGCAUAAGGAACGUUAAUUUAACCUAUCAUUAUUAUUAUUAUUAUUAUUAUUAUUAUAAUUAUUAUUAUUAUUAUUAAUAAUAAUAAUAAUAAUAAUAAUAAUAAUAAAAAUAAUAAUAAUAAUAAUAAUAAUAAAAAUAUUUAUUAAUAGGACCUUUGUAAAGCUACAAAAUCGUGUGGUUCAGAAGAAAAAUUGAUCCAAAUCCCGUCUCUGGCUGGGAAAGACUCUGAAUAAACCUCCAGGAGUAAAAGAACUGGUGGACAUCCACAACAGGAAAAUGGAAGAAAGCUCUUAUUUACUUUAAUUUCUGGAAAUAUCUGGAAUAUAAUAUCACAUCAGGGAAGAUGCUGAUCGUGUUAGCUUAUUGUUUGGCAGCUCAGACCAGAAACAGCUGGUCAGUCGGGUCAACACCAAUGUGCAUCAAAGUCUUUGAAACUGGCUAAAAUCACCCCGAUUAAGCAUAGUUUUCUUAUUUUUUAAUUAACUUAUUCUUAUUGAUAUCUUCUAGAUGCAAUAAGAGUGUUCAAUGAAAAUCAAGGGCUAUUCUUCCUAGAAAAGGUUGUCUAUUCUAUCAAACGGCCACCAGGGGUCGACUCCUGUGGUUGAAAAAGUCAAUCUCAUAAAAUAGAUGUUCCUUAGUUUAUUGAUUAAUUAUAUAUAUAAGGGAUAUUUUUCCAUGAGUUUAGGUCCCAAUUGCCAAAACAGACAAUAACUGAUCGCUGUUGCUAGUUUUUGUUAUUUCAGACUCAAAACCCUGGAUGGGAAGGACAGAGGAUGAAUUAACCCGUCUGAGGAAAUUUGAUUUCUAUCUGCAUAAUCUGGGUCUUUUAGUUAGAACUACCUUUUCCCCCUUUUCCGGAAAUCUUGCAAACAUAAUGACUUGCAUAGAAUAUAAUGUAGAGGUUUAACAUGCACUGCCACCUUGAGGUUUUCUUGACAUGUUCUGGAGGUGGCAUAGAUUAUCCAGAAAGAUCUCUGAUGAUUAUAACUGGAAAAUGAGUGAGUUUAAGUGAACGUACUUAAGGGAAUCUAGUGGAGUACUUACAGCUAGCUGGACUCGUUCUCUGUACCUGAUAAUGGUAUUACAGUUUGAAUAAUUAAGUUUUUUGCUUCUAGACAUGUUGACAUUUGUUUUUUUUAAGACUGUGAUUAAGGGGUUAACUGUGAUAACAUACCCUCUGGAAGUAUAUCCUUUGGCCAGUCGUAGAUGCAAUAAAAAGAAUAAAUGUUUGCCUGUACAUGUACAUUUUUCAUGAAUUGCAUCAGUCACAAAAUCAUAAGAAAUAACUUGCUGAAAUGUGAAACUGGAUAAAAACUGAUUCAUUUUUACAAGGAAAAGUCAUUUUUGUUUUCAGCUUCUCUCGUGUGAUGUUUUUAUUUUCAUGGUUAUAUUUGAUAACUUAUAGAUUGUCUGAUUAAAUAAUACUGAAAACGUCUUUAAUAGGAAAUAAUCAGAUUAAGUUUCCCAGUUUUUAAGAAAAGUUUAAGUAAAUGUUUAGAAAAAUGAAGUUGAACAAAAUGCUAUGAUGUGUCUCCAAAUACGCAACUCUUCUGGUUCUUCAGGCAAAUCAGAGUCGUUUUAACGGAGCUGUUUGAUGGGAACUUCUGUGGUCGUUUAACAGCGACGUUUUUGAUUGGGCCGUUUCAUCUCGGCUUUGGACCAUGUAGGAACGAGCCGACCUGUGGAACCCUGUUAAUACUCAGACCUCCUGUCUCAUAAAAGCAGGAAAUGGAGGAGUAGUCCUCUCAUCCCUCUUCCUGCAACCCGUUCAGCCGCCAGCGCCUUACUUUUCUACCACUAACCUCCUCCUUUGUUCACACUCUUCCUGAAGGAGUUUUGGUGCUGAUGUGCUUUUCCCUCUGAAAUCUGUCAAAUGCAGCUGAGAUACCACGGAGACUGAUUCAUAUUGUCCUGUUUGAAGCCACAGGGACACAACAGAGUCAAGUCACUGUAAUGAUUUAAUUCUGGAUAAACCAACAAACAUUCCUUAUUAUAAAACCAUAGAAGUAAAAUACCUCUGACCACAAUCAUGUCUGUAACUGAAACCAAACUCCUCAGACCUCCUUGGUGUUUCCUUUACUCUUUUUAUCCAUUUAAACUCAACACAAUCCACUUCUGUCACAGUAAUAAAAAAUGUGCAGCAAACUAAUGAAAUAAAAUGGUUUUGCUAAAA